ACAUCAUGUUUUAGAACAAACCACAUAAAGUUUUCAUACUUUCACUCAAAAAGUAAAAACCGAUCUCCUGCGACACCAUCCCGAUUCCCGGCCACUCUAGCCACCACCUAGUAAAAGGCAUUACUACAUUAACAUGGUGGAGGCCGACCAAAAAGUCCCUUUACUAUUAGAAAAAAACAAUGGAUCAUCAAUUGUAGUUAAUCCUCGUCAAAAUGAUUACUAUUUUGAAGAUGAACUUCUCUCUAAACGGGUAUGGGUUGAAUCAAAGAAGCUAUGGCACAUUGUGGGUCCGACAAUUGUAACCCGUAUUGCCGCCUACACUUUAUUCAUCAUUGCGCAGUCCUUCGCCGGCCAUAUCGGCGACAUCGAGCUCGCUGCUGUCUCCCUUGGCUCUAACGUCAUCCUUGGCCUUACCUGCGGUCUUUUGGUUGGAAUGGCGAGUGCACUAGAGACGUUAUGUGGACAGGCAUAUGGUGCAAAAAAGUAUUACAUGUUGGGUGUGUACAUGCAAAGAUCAUGGAUCGUGUUAUUCACAUGUUCUAUCCUUCUAUUACCAUUGUUCAUCUGCACGACCCAUAUAUUAAAGCUAUUGGGUCAACCCAAUCACGUUGCGGAUCUAGCCGGUACAGUCGCCAUAUGGCUAAUACCACUCCACCUAUGCUUUCCUUUUCUUUUCCCGCUGCAGACUUUCCUACAAAGCCAACUGCAACCCGGGAUCAUGGCUUGGGUUUCAUUGGUUGGUGUCGUUUUUCAAAUUAUCGGGUCGUGGUUAUUAAUCUCGGUUUUCGGGUGGGGUGUCAAGGGUGUUGCGGUUGCUUUGAGCUUGGCUUGGUGGAUACAAGCUUUGAUAUUGUUUGGGUACAUUGUAUGGUGGGGUGGUUGCCCCCUUUGCUGGGAUGGUUUCUCUAUGGAAGCUUUUUCUGGUCUAUGGGAAUUCGUCAAGCUAUCCGCUGCUUCGGGCGUCAUGAUCUGCUUGGAGUACUGGUACUCUACCGCAUUGAUGUUGAUGACAGGAAAUCUGAAGAAUGCAGAUAUAGCCCUGGAUGCUUUGUCCAUAUGCACCAGCAUCAAUCAGUGGGAAAUAAUGAUACCUUUUGCUUUCUUUGCCGGAGUUGGUGUAAGAGUGGCGAAUGAACUAGGAGCAGGGAAUGGAAAAGGAGCAAGAUUUGCAACUAUAGUAGCGUCAUCAACCUCUCUCGCAAUAGGGAUUGUGUUCUGGCUAUUGGUUAUGGUUUUCCACGACAAAUUGGCUUUAAUUUUCUCAAACAGCCAACCUGUUCUUGACGAGGUUAACAAACUCUCUAUCCUUUUGGCUUUCACCAUCCUCCUCAAUAGUCUCCAACCCGUUCUCUCCGGUGUCGCGGUGGGAUCAGGGUGGCAAAGUAUUGUAGCCUACGUUAAUAUUGGAAGUUACUAUUUCAUAGGCAUCCCUCUGGGCCUUUUGUUGGGAUGGAAGUUACAUGGGGGAGUUACGGGUAUAUGGGGUGGAAUGAUUAUGGGAACCGGAGUUCAAACUGCGAUAUUAGGCAUCAUUACAAUGAGAUGCAACUGGGAGAAAGAGGCUCACAAAGCAAGCACACAUAUAGACAAGUGGGAGACAAUAUAACAACAGAGCUUGUAUUUAUGAAAUUAGUGUAUCUUUUCGAUCAAAACCGAUGACUUGUAGCCGUUAUCGGACGUUCGAUCAGUUUGUUCUUUUAGGGCGUAAAUGAGAUUCUUUUUUGAGGGUGCGUAAAUGAGAUAUGAUAUUCUUAUUAAAUAUCACUUGAAAUAUAAUACAAGUAGUUGUUAUGUAGAGAAACAAAUCAGCAUUUUUUUAUUUUUAUUUUUAUGGGUGCAUAUAAGACUAAAAGAAAUUAUCA